AGCAGAUGUCUCAUCUUUCAACCCUCGGGCUUCGCCACUCGUAAUCACUCGCCUCGUGGUCUCGCUGCGACUGUUCCGCCUUGGAAUCUGCCUUGACCAUAUAAUUGCACUCGGCCCACUCUCUCGAACGCUGGUCCUUCUUGUUCCACCCUAACUAGCUCACUCGUGCGCCAUCUCUCGAUUGCGCUUGCGCCAGCAUGGACGAAAUAUACCAGAAGAUUGCAGACUUCAACCCUAGUCGGUUCUCCGACUCCCCCGAUGUCCUCAGCUUCGAUGUCACUGAGCUAUGGCGCAGCGACACUACCGGCGUCGUUAGGGCAGUUGACACCCUCGUCAAGGUCCCCGGUGUGGUUACCUGGCUCGCCGAGGAGACCCGGGACACCAGCAUUGGCACCGAGUCGCUCGUAUUGCGCCUCGUCUGGACCAAUCUUGACUUUGGGAAGAAGACCAUAGGUCUACCUAAGCAUGCUCUAGAAGCCAUCCUGGCCAAGUUCGGCCUUGAGCUCGCCCACGGCUACUUCUUGAGCUGCAUCACAGGCAUUAAUGCCUUCCCCAAGACUGUCGAGCCAAACGUCGAGAAACAAGCGCAUGCGUUCUGUUACGCGCCCAAGAUCGCCUCUAUCUGGUCGCAUGCCAAAUUUAAGGACCCUUCCUCUCCCCGUCAGUCUGCGACGUGUGGCAUUGUCUUGGCCGGGGACAAGCAAAAAGCUGUCCUGAAGAAGCUACUACAUAGCAAGUGGCAACCGAAUCUCUCGGUUCAUGCCAUGUUCCCUGCCUUUUUGUACACUUUCAUGCUGAGCGCUGAAAUUGAGAUGACUCUGGCCGGCAUGAAAUCUCGGAUCCAGGAGGUCGAGACACGCACGGGAUACUCGAGUUUUGAGACGAAGCGGAAAGGUGCUGCGUCAGGCCUUUUGGGCGAGCUGUCAGCGGAGAUGAGUGGCUUCGCAGCCAGGCUCGCCAGUGCUGAGAGGAAGAGUAUGACGCUCGAGAAGCUGAUGGCAUUUAUCCUGAACCAGUUAGGGACAUCUGGGCAGGCAGCAACACCAGCGACCCCGGACCCAGCUCCUGAUGGUGACAGCCUCAUAAGGAACCAUACUUCUGUGCUUCAACAACGCCUCACUAUGCAGGUCUUGGACAAGACCUAUACGCUGAAGCGGGUGCAGAUUCAGAUCGAAGCUCUUGUCAAUCUUAUCGGCCAGCACGACAGUAUCAACAACACUGAUAUUGCACUGUCUAGCCACCGAGACGCCUCAUCAAUGAAGACUCUGGCAGUCGUCACCAUGUUUUUCCUGCCAGGAAGCUUCAUCUCGGCGCUCUUCUCGACGCCAUGCUUUGACUGGGCCAAGGUCAACACGGACGAUGACUCCAUUGGCGUGCCCUCGACGCCACAGUUCAACCUAUAUUGGGCCAUUACGAUCCCCAUGACUCUCCUGACAUUUCUGCUGUACUUUGCAUGGCUGCAAUUCCAGGCCUACCAGCGGAGGAAAAUGCACGCACAUCCGGGAAAGGACCAGCCUGGUGCUGAUAUUAUAAACGAGCAGGAGGUGGUAGAGGCAAAGUUGGUCGCCAAAAGGAGGUUUACCAUGUUUUGAUAGCAUAGUGAUGUUGCCGGUUUGCCUUGAUUCCCUUGGAACGGGAUAGAGCACUAUAUAAAAUGAUACUCUGUAUUAUGGUAGAAAUGGGUCGGGUUACUGGGUGGUCUUUGGAGCUUGUUAAUAGGUAUGCGACGGAUGGAUGGAUUAUGACCUUUACUCACUGAGAGCUUGGAAUAAUGAUGCUGCAUGGGCGUAAGGAACUGAUGUAGGAGACCGAUAUACCACGGAAAAUUCAACUUGGGUCAGCAUUAAACACAGGCAUUUAAGCGGUAAUGAUAUUUGUGGUUGUUUUCAAUC